GGUCAUUAAAAUGUCCGAAAUGGGUCACAUGACAGCUGUGUAUUGUAUGCAUAAUGCAACCAUUCUUGUCUUUUUUUUAAUUUGAUUGUUGUAUAAUAUAAAGCAAAACAGAGGAGACAGAAAGAAGAGUUGCAAAUAAAAUGCAUGACAUAUUAAUGGGUGUUCAUAAAUCUGUUGGUAAAUAUCAAGCAACUUUUUAGUUUAACAAGAUUAAUCAAAUGAAACAGCAAAGAACAUGCUUCGAAUCCAACAGAUUGAAAAUAUAUUAAAAGCAAUUGCCAAUAGAGAUUUAGAUCAAUUAAAGUCAUUGUCAAGGCAACCUGGAGGCUUUGUUCAUGAUUGUCUAAGAAAGAUUGUUUGGCCGAUAUUACUUCAUACUCAACAUGGGAAUUAUGUUGUCGAAAAGGGCAGUGAAAAAGAUUUGGCUGAUCCGGUACAGAUUGCAAAGGAUGUAGAGAGAUCGCUCUAUUAUUAUCCUCGAGAUAUGUCACCUGUGCUAAAAGAACAAAAACAACAAGAACUUCAUUGUAUGAUUGUCGAAAUACUUUGGAGAAACCCGAAUUUGAAAUAUUAUCAAGGAUUUCACGAUAUCUGUACUUGUUUUCUACUUGUCCUUGGUAAAAAGGCAGCUAUACCUGCUGCUGAAAAUGUUGCUUUGUUCUUUCUAAGGGAUGCCAUGAUGGACUCAUUUGAGCCAGUAUCCAAACAGCUUCGAUUAAUGAGUUCAUUAAUAGAAUAUGAGGAUGUAGAAUUAACAACCUUUUUAGAAAGAUGUAAUAUCAUGCCUUAUUAUGCACUCAGCUGGAUCUUGACUUGGUUUAGUCAUGAUUUUGAGCGAUAUGAAAAGAUUGUGAGGUUAUUUGAUUUGUUUAUAUCAAGUGAAGCUAUUAUGCCUGUUUAUGUAGCAAGUGCAAUUAUUUUAUAUAGAAGAGAUGAAAUAUUAAAAGCAGAUAGAGACAUUGUGCAUUCACUUAUCACUCGUAUACCACAAGAUAUUGAUAUCGAAUCCAUCAUUCAAAGGGCAAUUCAGCUACAAGAAAAAUAUACUGUAUUACAAUUGCAGAAGCAGAGUGGAAUAUGGUUACAUGAAGAGUAAAGAAUGAUAACCAAGCAAUAGUACAAUAAUAAUAACAAUAGCAUGUUUAGAUCUGUUAUAAAUACUUGGCAUAAGGAUUGGGGUACUUUAAAGUGGGGAGAUGUUCCUGAUCAUUUACAAGCAAGUAAAUAUCCAAGCUCUCAAGCAAAUAAAGAAGAAUGGGAAGAUGAAAUGUUAACAGAAUGGACAAAGAGAAGGAGAACAUCUAUUAUAGAUGAUCAAGAUUUGUUCUAGUCACUAUUUAUUAAAU